AUGGAAAUUGAAUCGUUUCCUUAUCCGGUCACUGUGAAUAGACAAGAUUUCCAAAAUGAACUAAUCGACCAAUUUGACGUUGACCAAUUUCUAUUUAAAAAUCAUCGAUUCACCAGUAUUGAUAGUUUAAUUAAAGAUUUGACAAAUUUAUUGAAUGAACUAAACACAGAAUUAUUAAACUUGGUUAACGAAAACUAUAACGAAUUCAUAAAUUUGGGUAAAUCAAUAGAUGGAAGCUUGGACCUUAUAAAUUUUUUGAAAAUUGAUUUGAAAAAUUUUAAUAACGAUUUAGUAAACUUUAACGAAAAUUUAUCCAAUUCAAGAAAUUUAGUUGAAAAUUGUUUAAAUGAAAAGAAACACUUACAGGUAUUGAAAAUCAAAAUUAAAUUAUUACUAUUACUCAAUGAUCAAAUCAAUAAUUUUGAAAAUUUAUUGAAAAUAGAUGAUGAAAAUAAGUUAAAUAACUUAACGUCUCUAUACUUAUCAAUCAAUAUGCUUUCGACCUAUCUAAAUAACUCCAACUCGCUAGAGAAAAGCUUGAUGAAUAAAUUGGUAUCAAUCAAAUUCGAAUUCAAAUCUUAUCUUGAUAAUUUAUCUUCUAAAUUAAUCUCAAAUAAAAAUAAUGACUUGUUAUUACAAAUCUUAAACAUUUAUAAGAUCAUUGACCACCAGUCGGAUUUUUUGAGCAUAAUACGGAAAAACUAA